ACACUCAUCUAGAUACGCUAACCGAGAUUUUACAUCUCCCUGACAAAGUCGAAAGCUCAAACGUCUUUCUCAUAACACACUCAUCGAGAUAGACCUUCCAAAUAAAUUCUGCAAGCUAUUGUGUCCAGAUUUUCGGUUUCUCUUCUCUUAUGGCCAUUAUCUAUAUGAUUCCGAUGCAUCUUUCAUGAAUUAAGUAAGAAACGUUUUUGUUAUCUAGGUCGGUUUUUUGUUAUUUCUCAUUUAAUUUACUUACCCUAGUCAUGUUCUCCCAUUUGGAUUUAUCAUGUCUAACUUUUGAUUCAUUUAAUCUUAAAAUUUCCGUGUGUUAAUGCUAUCCAAGUUGGAAUGGCGGGGAGAGAUAGAAUCAGUCAACUCCCAGAAGAUAUAUUGGACCAUAUUUUGGGUUUGUUGCCUAUUCAAGAUGUUGCUAAAAUUGCAGUUUUGUCUACCAUUUGGAGAGAUCUCUGGUUCACUCUCACGCAGCUCUGUUUUGAUUGUCGGUUCUUUAGCUACUUUGACAAAAAAUAUCAGUAUAGAAGACAUGCCGCGAAGUCCUCCGCUUUGUAUGUAAUCAACAAAGUUCUCUUGCAGCAUAAGGGAACUAUUCGAAAAUUUGUCAUUCAUUUAACUAAUAUGGGGGUACUUACCAUUAAGUCUAGGUCUUUUGACUUCGAUCAAUGGCUACGUUUAGUCACCUGUAAAGGUGUUGAAGAAGUCCACCUUUAUUUUGGGCAUAAAGCAUACGAGCUGCCGCAUUAUAUAGUUACGUGCUCAACGCUCAAGAGCUUGUAUCUUCAUGGUAUUGCUAUUGAAGCAUCUGCAUUUCAUUUGCAAGGCACUUUACCCAAUCUAACUUCACUAUAUUUUGAAGAUGUUGACUUUGGUCUUACACAUCCCCCAUAUGAAGUUGUUGAAGUUCCUAAGCUAAAGAAUCUAUCCUUUAAAAGUUGUACUAACGUAUUACAGUUCAACAUCACUGCUACAAAUCUUUGCACUUUGAAAAUCAAGGGUUGUUUCUAUUGCAAGCUCUGCAAUUUCCCCACACUCGCCCCUGACUUGAUAUCUAUUCGUGUGCUUGAUUUGGACUAUCAUUUUCUCGAGGUACUUCCACCACAAACAGCCACAAUAAAUGUGGAGUGGCUAAAGCUCUCAAAUUUUCGCUUCCAAGAUGAUGUUAGGACUUCUGCAUUUGUAAGCCUACUUCGCAUAUGUCCGAAGCUAAGCCGUCUUCGAAUAAGGCUUUUGUGGAGAGAAGAUAGUCAAGAUAAAAUAGAUUCUACAUCAGGGCACUGGAAGAAACUUCAUAGGGCAGUUCUAAAACUCAAUCAACUUUGCGUUUUGCAGCUUAGCUCAUUCAAUGGAAUAAGAUCUGAAAUGCUUUUCAUAAAGGAGAUGCUGGCCUCUCUUCGGGCACUUGAAAAAGUUGUCAUCACUUGUCCUGAGCGUAGGUUUGACGGCAACAAGAAACAUGAAACUUUAGAAGAAGUUUUGCAAUUUCCACGUGCAUCUCCCAAAGCAGAAAUCGUUGUUUAAUGGCUAUUAUUCCAAGUAGAAUGUGCUACUACAGAACACUUAUUCACACGAGCUACAUGCAAAAUGGGUGGUAUUUAGCUUUUUGUGUGCACUUUGAACACUACACCCACUCUCAUUUUUGUAUGAAUAUUGUGUCAUGCACUUAUCACUUACGUUUUUGUCAAAUGAAUGCUAUGUUUUCUGCCUAAACUUACGAAUCGGUGUAAUGACUAUGGACUCUAUUGUCUCUAUAACGUGUCUAGUACGAAGUAUAAAC